UCAGAAAUUAGUGAUGUUCAGGGAUGUUGCCAUUGACUUCUCUCAGGAAGAGUGGGAAUGCCUGGACUCUGCUCAGAGAGAUUUGUAUAGAGAUGUGAUGUUGGAGAACUAUAGCAACUUGGUAUCACUAGCACUCUGAAGAUAUUAUUCCACUGUCCUCUGGCUUCUAUUGUUGCUCUUGAGAAGUCUGCCAUCUGUUUCAUUGUUAUUCCUUUUAGACCAGCUUGGCCAACACGGUGAAACCCUGUCUCUACUAAAAAUACAAAAAAAUUUAGCCAGGCGUGAUGGCACAUGCAUGGAUUCUCAGCUACUUGGGAGCUGAGGCAAGAAAAUCACUUGAAUCCGGGAGGUGGAGGUUGCAGUGAGCUGAGAUCAUACCACUGCACUUCAGCCUGGGCAACAGAGCAGGACUCUGUCUCAAAAAAAAAAAAAAAAAAAAAAGAAUGCACCAUUUUGCCUCAUCUCUCAGCAUUUGACAUAACUGAUCAUUCCUUCUUAAAACACUUUUUUCGCGUGGCCUCUGGGGUUCCGUGCUCUCUUAAUUUUUCUCCUUCCUCACUGGCUAUGCCUUCUCAGUCUCCAUUGCUGUUUCCUUCUCAUCUACCUGAAGUGACCCAGGGUUCAAUCCUCAAACUUCCCUUUUUCAUCCUUCCCCUUCUGUUUUGUAUAUAAAGGUACGCCCUGGGUGACCUUAUCAAACUCUUGUAGCUUUAAAUGUUAUUUCGUGAUGACUUUCAAACAUAUCUGUAAUCCAAACACCUCCCUAGAAUCACAUACUUGCACAUAUGUGUCUAUUGAACAUCUUCAUUUGCUAUCUAGCAGUUCAAAACCAGACUUUUCACAUUCCCUCCCAGGUCUGCCCCUAUCACAGUGAGGAGUUCUCAACUUGCCUUCAAGGUGUGCAAGUAAGGACUUAUCUCCAGAAAAGAACACUUACGAAACACAAUUAUCCCAAUGGGAAAUGAGUGACAGACUUGAAAACUGUGAUCUUGAAGAGUCCAAUUCCAGGGAUUAUUUGGAAGCCAAAGGCAAGAGGGAGAAGCAACAAGAAAAUCAGAAGGAAUAUUUCAGGCAAGGGAUGAUCAUAUAUGACAAAAUGUCCAUUUUCAACCAGCAUACUUACUUAUCUCAACAUUCAAGAUGUCAUUCUACUGAGAAACCCUAUAAAUGUAAGGAAUGUGGGAAAGCCUUCAGACGAGCCUCACACCUAACACAACAUCAAAGUAUUCAUACUGGUGAAAAACCUUAUGAAUGUAAGCAAUGCGGGAAGGCCUUUAGUCGUGAUUCACAACUCAGUCUUCAUCAGAGACUUCAUACUGGUGAGAAACCCUAUGCAUGUAAGGAAUGUGGGAAGGCCUUUACUCAAAGCUCACAACUUAUUUUACAUCAUAGAAUUCAUACUGGUGAAAAACCAUAUAAAUGUGAAGAAUGUGGAAAAGCCUUUAUUCGUAGCUCACAACUUACCCGACAUCAAAAAGUUCAUACUGGUGAGAAACCUUAUGAAUGUAAAGAAUGUGGGAAGGCCUUUACUCAGAAUUCACAACUUACACUACACCAGAGACUUCAUACUGGUGAGAAGCUCUAUGAAUGUAAAGAAUGUAGGAAGGUCUUUACUCAGCUCUCACAACUUAUUCUGCAUAAGAGAAUUCAUACUGGUGAGAAACCCUAUGAAUGUAAGGAAUGUGGAAAAGCUUUUAUUUGUGGCUCACAGCUUUCUCAACAUCAGAAAAUUCAUAAUGGUGAAAAACCAUAUGAAUGUAAGGAAUGUGGAAAGGCCUUUAUUCGGGGCUCACUACUGAUGCAACAUCAGAGGAUUCAUACUGGUGAAAAACCCUAUAAAUGCGAAGAAUGUGGGAAGGCCUUUAUCCGUGGCUCACAACUUACUCAACACCAGAGAAUUCACACCAAUGAAAAGCCCUAUGAAUGUAAGGAAUGUGGAAAGAUGUUUAGUCAUGGCUCACAACUUACUCAACAUCAGAGAAUACAUACUGGUGAGAAACCCUAUCAAUGUAAGGAAUGUGGAAAGGCGUUUAAUCGUGGCUCACUCCUUACACGACACCAGAGGAUUCAUACUGGUGAGAAACCCUAUGAGUGUAAAGAAUGUGGAAAAACCUUUAGUCGUGGCUCAGAGCUUACUCAACAUGAGCGAAUUCACACGGGUGAGAAACCCUAUGAAUGUAAGGAAUGUGGGAAAUCUUUUAUUCGUGGCUCACAGCUUACUCAACAUCAGAGAAUCCAUACUGGUGAGAAACCUUAUGAAUGUAAAGAAUGUAGAAUGGCCUUUACUCAGAGUUCACAUCUUUCCCAACAUCAAAGACUUCACACUGGUGAGAAACCCUAUGUGUGUAAUGAAUGUGGAAAGGCCUUUGCGCGUGGCUUACUACUUAUACAACAUCAGAGAAUUCAUACUGGUGAGAAACCAUAUCAAUGUAAGGAAUGUGGGAAAGCCUUUAUUCGUGGUUCACAGUUGACUCAACAUCAGCGAAUUCACACUGGAGAAAAACCCUAUGAAUGCAAGGAGUGUGGUAAGGCCUUUAGUCAUGGCUCUCAGCUUACUCUACAUCACAGAAUCCAUACUGGUGAGAAGCCCUAUGAAUGCAGAGAAUGUAGAAAGGCCUUUACUCAGAGCUCACAUCUUUCUCGGCAUCAGAGAAUUCAUACUGGUGAGAAACCAUAUCGAUGUAAGGAAUGUGGAAAGGCCUUUACUCGUGGUUCACAGCUAACUCAACAUCAGAGAAUUCAUAUCAGUGAGAAAUCUUUUGAAUAUAAGGAAUGUGGGAUUGACUUUAGUCAUGGCUCGCAAGUUUACAUGUGAAUUGUCUGAUUCUUUGAGAUCACUAUGAAGAGGUUCUCUGGUUGUUAUCAGCAAAGAAUUCUCACAGAUGUGAAUAUGGGCACACAUUUGCCUCAAAUCACAGCAUCAGAUAAUUUAUGUGAGAGAAAGAAAAUGUUAGUGUCAUUCAUAUAGAAAAACCUAUCAUUACUGGAAACCUAUUAAACAUUAGCAAAUCGGAGAAUAGUUUUAAUAUAGUAAAUGUAGGAAGCCCUUUAGCCAUAUUGAAAACAAAUAUCUUUUUCAACAUUAUCUUAGCUCCACUAGUUGAUCUUUUUGUUAUAUGUAUCAUGAUACUUAACCUCUACCUUGGUUUAAUCAUUUUAAGGUAGACCUAAGUAUAUUACCUUUAUUAUAAGAUUCUUGGAAGUAUUAUGUAAGUUAUUACAUGUAAAAGCUCUUAGAAUGGUGCCUUGAACAUAGCAUACUACAAAUAUUAGCUACCAUUUUCACUAGUAUUAUUUUAGAGAAUUUGCAUGAGAGGAGAGUACUUAUGAGUGUAAUGAAAAUAGGAGAGUACUUUUGACCGUAAUGAAUAUCAACACAUCCUAGAUGACUUGGUUGGGGGGCACUGUAUGCCAUAAUGAAUGUGAGAAAGCUGUCAUUUAAAUCUCAUCCAUUAUUGCUAUAAGAGGAAAUUCAUACUGUUAAAAAAAAACCAGUGGAUUUAAUCAGUGUAUUAUUGAGCACAGCUGUUAGAGAAGUGGGGCAAGGUGUGAAGUGAUUUUUAACAAAGUCUAAGAUCCAAAGUCUAAUAAAUCUAGGAAUUUUUUUAAAACAUAAAUGUAUUGCUUUUGAAGUAAAAUAAGAACUGAUAUUACAGACUAUUUUGCAAUGAAAAAUGAUGAGAGUUUGUGAUACAGACUGCUUUUUUCCUACCCUAUAUCUAUUUUCUCUUUUUUAGUAACAAAUUUCUGGGCAGAAAAACUAUCCCAGCCUUCCUUGCAGGUCAACAAGAUAGAAGUGGUAUUUAUAUGAGUAGGAGAUUUAUGAAAUCCAUUUUUCCUGUCUUUUUUUUCCCUGCCUACAAUGUGGACAUCUAAGCUGGAGCUCCGAUACUCUCAUGGGGACUUUGAGAAUGGUAUCUGGGUGUUAUGGAUCAUGGAGCAGAAAUACAGAAGGAGUCUGCAACCCUGAUGACUUUGUGGAAUAGCCAUACUAGCUCUGGUCUGCUUGCCUCCUGUAUUUCUUUAAAUAAAAUUAAACAUCUUA